AUGGUUGUAGUGCAAAGUUUUUUAGAGAGAAAAGCAAGAGAUUCUGAAUUUUACUAUGCCAUUCAACUUGACGAAGAACGCGGAUGCAGAAGAAUUUUCUGGUGUGAUGCUAGAGCGAGAAAAUCUUAUAAAAAAAUUUCUGAUGUGAUAGUAUUUGAUGUUACGUACAAGACAAAUAGCUUUUCGAUGCCUUUUGCAUCUUUCACGGGUGUGAACCACCAUAGACAGUCUACUUUAUUUGGUUGUGCUUUACUUUCCGAUGAGCGAGAGAAAACAUUUGUUUGGUUAUUUAGACAGUGGUUGAAUUGUAUGUGGAAUGAAUCUCCCGGAGCAAUUAUAACUGACCAAGACCUUGCAAUUUGUAAUGCCACUAAAAAAGUUUUUCCGCAUACACAUCAUCGAUAUUGUCAAUGGCACCUUGGGCUUCAUGAGUGCGAGCACCUAAGUUCACUGCAAUGUGUUCACCCAUCAUUCAAUGAGGACUACAAUAUGUGGGCUAAGAAAUGUAGAACUAUUGAAGAAUCUGAGGAAUAUUGGAGCGUGUUGUGUGAGAAAUACAAGCCACAUUAUGAAGAACCUUUAACAGAUUCUCAAAAAAAUAUUAUGAAGUCUUGGAAAUGGAUUGUGAACAUGUAUGAAAAACGACAUCAUUGGGUAAAGGCAUACCUAAAGGAUACAUUUUUUGCAGGUAAAUCGUCAAAUAGUAUCAGGAAUGAAGUCUCUCAAAGAAGUGAAAGUAUGAAUUCGUUUUUUGAUGGUUAUGUCAAUAGCAAUACUCCGUUGUCUGACUUUGUUGAUCAAUAUGAAAAGGCAAUUGCUAGCCGUCGCGAUACAGAAGAGAAAGAGGAUUUGAUAUCAAUGACAACCAGCUUGGAGGCUCAUGCUGGAAAAGUUUAUUCUCGGAAUAUAUUCAAAUUAUUUCAGAAUGAAUUUAUGCAGAUUUUGCAUGGCCAGCACAGCAAAAAAGUAGUUACAGGUGUCGAGAUGGUGUAUGCUGUAACUUUCAAGCAUCACAAUAGGUCACACACUGUUAAGGUAAAUAUUUCCAUUCAGUUUUGCAAGUGUUCAUGUGCUAAAUUUGAGACAUGGGGUAUUCUUUGCAAACACAUACUAUAUAUCAUGAAGCAAAAAUUAAGAUUAAAGAUCAUACCUGCUGAAUAUAUUUUGUCGAGAUGGACCUUAAAUGUGAGGCAUACAACCAGUUCAACGACCAGUGGGAACAAUGAUGGUGCACCUGGUUUGAAUAUAGAUUGCAGCACUAAUGAGGUAACUUCUCUUGAAGCUUGGACAUUGCGAGGUGAUUUUAAUAAACUUUAUGAAAAGAUAAUUACUCAUAGAGACCUCUAUGAAGUAAUAGAAAGGGAAAUAAAGAUGUGGUGA